CACUAUAUGAAUUUUACAUGGCAUUAUCAAUGAACAUCAAUCCUAAUACAUUAAGCAAGUCCAAACAGUCGUUCUAUAAACAAACAGCCAAAAUCGAAUCAUAUCAAGAUCAAAGAUUAGAGUUGAAAUUGAAAGAGAAGGAAGUUUUGAUUUUGAGGUUCAAAGUUAAAACUAUAUCAAGAUCAUAAUUAUUGUAUAAUGAUCAAAAUCAAGAUUCAGAAGAUUGAGAUCUUGAUUGAAUGAUGGAAAUUGAAAUGAACUGUUGGAAUCGAAAGGGAAAUGGGAUAGAGGGUGGUAGGAAGAAGUGUGAGGUGAUCAGCUGAUGAGACUGAAAUUGAGAUUGAUCGGACCGAGUCAAAUUGAGUCAAAUGGAACAAACAAAAGAGGGAAUGAGACUAGACAUCCAAAAUCGAAUUAUAUUUUACAGUAUUUGUUCCAAUUGUAAUACUUUCAGAAUCAUCAACUUCAUUCAAAAAGUGUUCAAAAAAGUUACUAAUCGAUUUGCUUAUUUGAGUUUCUUGAUGAAAGAUUUAUUUCAUCAAUUGAUUUCUUUCUAAACUUUGUAAAAUUCCUCCAUUUGAAUGUACAAUCGUUAAGAUUUUGAUCGCUAAACAUCGUGUGUUGAUUUUGUGUUUUCCUAUUGUGAUUUCUAAAAAUCUUGAUUUAAAUUGGGUUGUAAGAUGUCGCAUCGGUCCUAGAUUAUCUGCGACUGAGCUUUGGGAAGACAGGCUGUGAUAAGUCACAAUUGAUGACAAGGUCAAAGUCAUAUGGUGAUCAGAUGCGUUCUUUGGAGCUGAAAAGAUAUAUCCUGCCUUGAAUUUUCCAUGCAAUAACCCAAUCAUCAUUAAUUUUUCCCAGUCGCAUCAAGCCUAUAGUUUGAUGAUACUUUGUGUAAGCUUUUGAGGUAUCCUCCAGAUUGGAAGAGUUCCGAGAAGGACCUUCAUCAGGAUAAGUCGCAGUCAACAGUCGCAUACUUUCACUUGUAAAUGAAAGGACUGAGAGUUUCUGAGGAGCUAGUAGACUGAUCAACCACGAUAGGAGACGUGUGAAGAGUGCUUGAUCACCGUUGAUAUCGAGUGGGCUGCUCUUAGCAUCUCGAAGGUCUAGAACCGUUGCUGUUGUGUUGACUCUGCCAGGGAGAGUAUUGCGAUCUCAAGUCGAAAUGCCCGGUGCUAUGGAAGGUUCAUAAAAUGCUUGAAAUUUCACUGAGAGAGACUGUUGGAAAAAAUCCACAUUCUUGGUUUGACAGGCCAUGAAGAAAGGAGGUGGGGUUGAAACAGCUGAACCU